CCAAUCACAUGUCGUUAAAAUGGCUAUCCUUUUCACAAUUUUCUAAAUAUCCGCAACCACAAACACGACAAUCCACUUGACAAUCGCAACGCUAAGAGCCACCUCACAGCCAUGCAGAGCUCGCACAACGUCGUGUUUGGAGACCCCCUGAAGCCCGUGAAGCUCGACGACUUCCGCAAUGUCCUUAUUCGCCAAGAAGAGACCAUCAUCUUUGCGUUGAUCGAGCGUGCGCAAUUCCCUCGAAACCCGGAGGUCUACGUGAGCAUGAAGGAGAGCAAGAGUGCUGCUUUUGGAGGUUUGAAAGGCAAGUACACGACCUUCGAUGGCAGUCUGCUAGACUUUAUGUUGCUGGAAACGGAGAAGCUGCACGCAUUGACACGUCGAUACACGUCUCCGGAUGAGAACGCCUUCUUCCCGCACCUCCUACCAGCGUCGAUCCUACCGAGUCUUGACUACCCACGCGUGCUCAACCCGAACCGGAUCAACAUUAACAACCAGAUCAUGAGCGUGUACCAGGAGAAGAUCCUACCGGGUCUGACAACCCUCGCUAGCGACGACACGGCGUACGGCUCUACGGCGACGGCGGAUAUCGCGGUGCUGCAGGCGCUGAGCAAGCGUAUUCACUUUGGCAAGUUUAUCGCUGAAGCCAAGUUCCAGGCCGAGACAGAGCGCUACACGAAGCUCAUCCUCGCGAACGACGCUGACGGAAUCAUGGAGGCUCUUACCAACCUCGCCGUUGAGCAGAAAGUACUCGAACGUGUCAAGUUGAAAGCGUCGACGUACGGUCAAGACCCGAACGCUCCGGCUUCGUCGGAUGACAAGGAGAUGAAGGUGAACCCGCAGCUUAUCUCGGAUCUGUACCGCGACUUCGUCAUGCCUCUUACGAAGGAGGUACAGGUGCAGUAUUUACUGCAGCGUGUUGCUCACCCGUCGAUCGCUGUGGCUGGAGCGGAAGGCUCGUUCUGCUGGCUGGCAGCUCAGGCGCACUUCGGAGGAGAAACGUUGGACAAGGACCAGUUGCUGCAGGCUGAGUCCAUCAGCCAGGUCUUCUACGAUGUCAACGCGAAUCGUACGGCCUACGGUGUUGUCCCGAUCGAGGACUCUCGUCUGGGUAUGAUUAAGGAGACACAGGCGCAGCUGUUGCGUAGCUCUCUGAAAGUGUCCGCAGAAAUUGUACUCACGCGCUCGUUCAUCUUCGCGGCCAAGGACAAGCAACUGGGCAAGAACUCGGAUGUAACCAAGGUCUUCUGUCCGACAGACACGGAUGCUCGGCUGCUGGCACAGGCCGAACAGUGCUGGCCGAGCGCUCAAGUGGUGUCUGUAGCCAAUGUAUCCGAGGCAGCGAGUCGUGCCUUCAAUGAAGCAUCAACAGUGGCGGUGACUACAGCUGGCGCCGCGGAGUCUUGCGGCUUGGAGCAGGUCGAUACGAGCCACGCACUGGCGUCUGAAGCUGGCGUUGCGGAGAGCAAGUCGUUCAUCCGCUUCGUCAUAGUGUCCAAGGGUUACCCUGCAGCCACGGGCAAGGAUAAGUCGUGCCUGAGCAUGGAGAUCAAGCACGAAGUGGGCUCUCUGCUCAGUGCGCUGGAUGUAUGGAAGAAGCACGGAAUCAACCUUUCGUGUCUCGAGUCGAUUUAUCGUCAGGAAGAAGGUGGCUACGACUUCUUCGUGGAGAUCGUGGGUCACUUCGAUGACGAGAAUGUGCGGCAGGCGGUCGAGGAGCUGCAGUCGGUGUGCACCGUCAAACACCUUGGCUCGUUCCCCAUCGCCAAGCGCCCUAUUCAGAGCUAAAGACUUGUUCACAGUUAACAGGGAGCACAUGUAUCCACUUCCCUAGAGACGAAAUACAACAUUCAUGAGCAAAGGGCAACCCAAACUUGCCGAGUCGAUUCACAUUUCUGGUUUUGGUUUGUUGGUUCACCAUCGGGAUCGGUUGUCGUCCAGGUCGACGUACUCAGCAUCGAUGACGGUUUUCCGUCUGCCGCCCACCGAUGAAUCACGAAGCAGGUCGAUCACGUCUCCGGUUUGUCGGUUGCGAUCUAUAAAAUUAAAGCGAUUAUAAGUGUUAGAGAGCAUAACAAACAACACAUACAGU